AUGCCCUACAAAGGGCGAGCGGCGCGGCUUCGCUUUCCUCGGUGCUGCACUUGGAAGCAGCAGCAGCAGCAGCAGGGCUAUUGGACUGCACAGCAGCAGCAACAGCAGCUGCAGCAGCAGCAGCUGCUGCAGCAGCUGGACCCGAGGCAGCAGGAGGGACAGUGCUGUAGGUCGCCUGUCAGCAGCUCGGUCUUUCUCAACCGGCUGCUGCUGUCUCUCGACCUUCUGAGCACCCCGGACACAGCAGCAGCAGCAGCAGCAGCAGCAGCAGCAGCAGCAACAGCAGCAGCAGCAGCAGAAAGGCCUCGCGACGGCAGGCUAGCUGUUGGCGCGUCUUUAUCUCCCCUCGCUUCGCUGCUCGUGCAAUUGCAGCAGCAGCAGCAGCAGCAGCAGCAGCAGCAGAGCGGACAGGGGAGCUCCGACAAGGCAGCAGCAGCAGCAGCAGCUGCUGCUGCUGCUGCUGCUGCUGCUGCUGAAGGGGCCAUCGACAUGCGGCUGCUGCUGCCAGAUGGAGCAGCAGCAAAAGGGUUUGUUGGGGUGUACAGACAGCUCGCGAGGUCUUCUUUUGUCCCUUUGUCUCCUUCGCUCUCUUUGCUGCGCUCGCUGUCUCCGCAGCUGCAGCUGCAGCGCAGCAGCAGCAGCAGCAGCAGCAGCAGCAGCAGCAGCAGCAGCAGCACGGCGCUGCUGGCAGCAGCGCUGCGCAAAGUCGCAACCGGCAGAGCAGCAAGGAGCUGGUCGCUGGGGGUGGUGGCGGACAUGCAGCAGCUAAUUGCCUACGGCCUUUGCUGCAGCCCCACAGAGACUGCGGGGGCCCUGCGGGCCGUGAUGGAGCAAACGAAAGACGUGGAAGUGGCCCUCGACUUAAUUGUCUUGGGGGACUCCUUGCGGCUGGGGGAUUCCUUGAAACAGGCAAACCCUAAACCCUAA